AUGACAGCUCCAAUUGGUUUAUCUUUAUCAUGCAUGUGCAAUUCAACAGCAGUUGCUUUAUUAGAAUCAAAUAAAACUGUCUAUCGAUCGGUUGAUUUGUUAGAUAUUUCUAGCACUGUGGACAACCAAAGUUGUACCUCUCUUCAAGGGAAAGUUGUGAAAGAUUAUGGGGGGAAUUUUGUUUGGUCGGUCAAAAUGCAGGGAUAUGUGGUGUCCGCAUUGUUCGUUGGAGGAUUCAUUAUGGCGUAUCCAGCUGGAUUCAUAGUCGAUCGAUACAGUGCUCGACACAUGAUGUCCUUAUCCAUCGGACUUCUUGUUUUUGCUUCUGUCAUUUUUCCAACACUUGCUUCUUUUUUCGGACCAUACGGAGCAAUAUUCUCUCGGUUCCUUAUGGGUUUCAGCGAGGUAAUGAUGAUACCUGCUUUAAACGCAGUUGUAACAAAAUGGAUCCCGUUACACGAAAAAAGCUUGGCUGCUUCCAUGUUCACUGCCGGGAAUCAAGUUGCUGGAAUGACGGGAACUCCAUUGGCAGCUGAGUUAUGCGCGAGCUCUCUUGGUUGGCCGGCGAUUUUCUACACCGGAGCCAUGUUUGGAAUUGUGUUUCUCAUUUUAUGGCAUUUGACAGUUCGCAAUUCGCCGAGCAGCACCAAAUGGAUCCACGAGAAGGAAAUCGAGUAUAUCAAAUAUCAUAUUCCAACGAAAAGAAAUUCGAUCGAUGCAGUGAAGAAAUCGGUACCAUGGAAAAGUAUGCUGACUUCGCUUCCAUUUUGGGCACUCAUUGUAAAUUCGUUUAUGGGAAAUAUGAUGAUUGCUUUGAUCUUCGUGUACAUUCCAGUAUAUUUCAAAGAUGUUCUGAUGUUGGAUGUUCAAGCGAAUGGAUUUUACAGCGCCAUUCCUCAUUUUUCAAAUUUGAUUUCAAAAUUGAUUUGGGGAUAUUUCAUGGACAAAUUGAGGCAGAAAAACGUUCUUUCAAACACAGCAACGGUUCGAUUCUCGCAAGCAACAGCAAUGUUUGGAAUAUCGAUUUCCUGCUUCUUUUUGAGAUAUAUGGAUUGCUCCACACCAAUUUACUCACUUUUAUUAUUGAGCAGUGUUUCGGCAUUCUUUGGUGUCUCGAUUUCUGGAUUUUAUACAUCACUUCUGUCCGUUGCACCAUCGCAUAUUGGUGUGAUCACAAGCAUUUCAACUGUUAUAGGUUUUAUUGGUCGCAUAAUUAUUCCUCAAAUCAUAUCAUAUUUCAAAACUGUUGGUACUAUGGAAGAAUGGGGUCAAGUAUUUCUGAUCUACGUGUUUGCUAGCUUCAUAUCAGCCUUGAUUUUCGGGUUAUUUGGAUCUGGAGAAGUCCAAGAAUGGGAUUAUUCAAAGACACAUCCAGCCGCAGGCAUCGCAUUGAAAGCUCUUCAAGAUGGACAAGAAGACGAAGAUUUAGAUAUUUUAGAUUAA